AUGAGCGAGGACGAACGCAUACAAGUUGCUAUCAGGCUCACCCUCUGUGAACUUGCUACCGCCCGCCACCAUACAUCACCUCUCGAGUGUUCUCCAUUUAUUAACAAUGUCGAACCACACAUUCCACAUCAUGCAGCAGGUGAUUGUGUCGACGCACUCUCUCGGAGCGCUCAAUUUUGGUCUAGCUACUCUGGGUACCUGCGAGAAAUCCGUGAGGCUGGGUCACUUCUUGGCUGUUCUGUUAAUAGUUGCGAUCAGCCCAGCUCUGCUUUGCGUUCCGUCGAUUGGAUGGAAAUUGACACCGCAAAGGAUAUCUAUAGAAACAUAACGUUGGAGAAACUUGCUCUGAUUCGGUUUUUCCGUGAACAGCAGAAUGGAUUCACAGCUGCACAUCAGAACUGGGAGCGAUCAUCUACAGACUUACGCGAUCUCGUCAGUGUGUUGAAGUCGACUAGCGGUAAUAUACGCGACAUUGCAGAUGUGACAUCCACUUCCAUCGUUCAAAAUACACAAUCACUGUUUACAAAGAUGGAAGCCACUUUGUCAGUCAUCAACCAGCGCAGCUUCGACGAUCAUAUUCGUUCAUUGGACAAGGUUGAUCGGAGGAUUGAUGACCUGACAUUAAGCCAUUCAAAAUCCAUGUCAUCGCUACUAUCACUCGUCGAAUCGCGUUUAACCACUGAAAUUGAAGCAAUUGCAUCAUUGAUGUUAGAGCAGAGCCUUCAAUCUCGGGUAGUCGCGGAUCAAGUUCAGCAAAAAUGGUCCGCGCUUGACGCGACUUUCAUUGCUAUGCAAAAUUCCUUCCACGACCUGCAGGGCGUGAUCACAAGGCUUACAUUCUCUUUGGACACCUCUCUUUCCCAAGUUGUGCAUGUGCAAGAGAUCCAGCGAGAGGUGGCAGAGUCUGUUUCGCUUCUUGACAACAGGAUUUCCCAGCUCACAGAAGUGACCCACCGUGAACUUGAAACAAUCAAUCAGACGGCCCUUGCCCUCAUUGAUACCUUUCAGCGCAAGUCAAAACACGAAGCUUGGCUAAUUCACCUGCAGUGGCUUUUACGUUUUGUCGAACCCACUUCAUUGCUCGGCUUUAAGACUUUUCAAGCCGCGACCAGUCUCUUGGUAUUCCUCUGGCGUCUUCUGGAAGUGGUACUAUCACUUCUCAUGACUAGCGUCGCAGUUUCUAGCAUCAGAAGUCAACUGUUACCCAAGUUUCGAGGUUCAAAACAGGUACAACCGCAAGAAAGUUCAUGGCGUCUCGACUCUCACCUGGAGGAGAAUGUGUCACCUGUAUCGAAUGUCAGGCAUCUGCAACGGAAUGACUAUUUGGACCCGCGGAUCAUCCGGCGACUUACUGGACCUCGCGUAUCUCGCAUACCCGAUAGGAUCUGUCGUCGAGCCACCCCUUGUUGA